AUGAACGGACACGCUGCCUGCCCCAAGUGCGGUGCUGCCACUGAUGGCACCGGUAAGAGCUGUGGUGCCUGUGGUGCUACCUGCCCCGUUUAA